UGGUGGCACUGUUUGCCUGUCCGGCAAAGGCAUUCAAUGUACGUGUGGAAAUUAUAUUUUCAUUAUAAUCAUGAAUUUCGUGACUUAGUUCAAGUAAUUUAUGAAACAUACCAUUAGAAGAAAAACAAGUUUUUGAGUUGUUUUUAAAUUUUGUUUGUGUGUCUAAUUAAAGCCGUCGAUUGGUAAGCCAUAAAGUAAAAGUUGUUCGUUAACUUAUUAUAAAAAUCUUUUAUUGUGUAUUUGCAUUUGCUUGGAACACUGGGAUGAUGUUUGCUAAGUCGAUUAGCUUAGUAAUAUUAAUAAUAUCUACAACUCUGGGUUGUUAUUUGUUUCCUAACGACGUGCCGGAUCCGUGCCGGGGUGUGAGUUGCGGGCCCGGUGAGCUAUGCCGGCCUGCGGCGGAUGGCCGCAGCUACACGUGUGAGUGCCCAGCUUCGUGCCCCAGCUAUGGGGACCAUGAGGGCGCGCGGCCAUUGUGCGCUAGCGAUGCACACGAUUACAAUGGCGAUUGUGAAAUGCGGCGUGCGGCCUGCGAGACCAAUGCGAAUAUUACGUUCAAAUACUUUGGCAAGUGUGAUCCAUGUGCAGGUGUAACUUGCCCCGACCCAGAAGUUUGUCAAUUAGAUGAAAAAAGAUCACCAUCUUGUCGUUGCGCCGAACCCUGUCCAUUAGAAUUCUCACCAGUGUGUGCAUCUGAUGGGAAAACUUAUUCUAACGAGUGUCAGAUGCAUAGAGAGUCAUGCCGUGCUAGGAAACAGUUGAAGAUCAUUUUUAAAGGACAGUGUAGUUCUGGUGUAAACCCGUGUGCGGAGGUCGAAUGUCGUUACGGCGCUGAGUGUCGCGUAGAAGGCAGUGGCGCAGUGUGCGCGUGCCCGCCGCCGUGCGAGCCCGUAUUGCGGCCCGUGUGCGGGUCGGACGCGCGCACGCACGAUAGCGAGUGCGAACUGCGCCGCGCCGCCUGUCUACUGGGGAGGGAGUUGAAGGUGCUCCAUGCGGGUGCUUGUGGGUCGAACGGUGUGUGCGCGGACCGCGUGUGCCCGCACGGGGGCGAGUGCGUGGCGGCGGGCGCGCGCGGCGUGUGCCGCUGCCCGCGCUGCUCCAACGAGUUCGCGCCCGUGUGCGGCUCCGACGGCAUCUCGUACGGGAACCGCUGCAAGCUGCAGCUCGAGGCGUGCCGCCAUCGCCGCGACGUGCAAGUUCUGUACGAUGGGCCCUGCAAUGGGUGUGAAAAUAAAAAAUGCGAAUUUUAUGCGGUCUGUGAAAGUGACGGAGUAUCAGAAGCAAGUUGUGUUUGUCCCAAGCAUUGUGAAGAAGGAACUGAAACAGAAGAGGUUUGCAGUAACGACAACCAAACCUUCAGCAGCGUGUGUUCUCUACGGGAUAAAGCCUGCCGCGAAAAGAAACGAAUUUAUGUGAAACAUAUGGGGUCGUGUGAAUCGUGUCACAAUGUCCAAUGUCCCAAUGGCAUGUGGUGCUCCCGCGGCAAGUGCGCGUGCACGGGCGCCUGCGAGGGCGCGCCCCGCGAGCCGGUGUGUUCCGACGCUGGGAGAACAUUCCAGAACGAGUGUGCGCUCUUGCAAGCCGCGUGUGAGGCUAGGAUGAGGGGCGAGACGCAGAUCCGGGUCGCGUACUAUGGGGAAUGUACAGAAACUGUUGAUAAUAAUGAUGCAGUAGCAAACAGAACAUCCAAACCGGGUGAUAACGCGAACGAAAUAAGCGGCAUAGAGUCGAGCGGAUCUGGCGCCGUAUGCGCGAGAGUGCAGUGCGCGUACGAAGCGACGUGCGCGGUGGACGGCGGCGGCCAGCCGCGCUGCGCGUGUCUGUUUGACUGUGCGGCCGCCAGCGCCGGCGCUCCGGUGUGCGCCUCCGACUUGAGAUUGUACCCCACUCUGUGCCAUAUGAAGCUGGAAGCUUGCAGGCGCCAGGAGGAUUUGAGGCUGCGGCCGUUAGCCCUGUGUCGGGGCUUAGAGUUCCGGCCGUGUGGUGAUGACGAACCAUUAACAGACCCAGGAGGUCGCAUGAUGGAUUGUGGCGGCGGUCCUCAUCGCAAAGAUUGCCCUGCUGGAAGCUACUGUCAUCACACUGCUAAGGCGGCCACUUGUUGCAAAAAAGACAAAGGAGUAGUAGACAAGAAGGACUGUCAAGAAUCCUGGUACGGGUGUUGUUCCGACGGCGCCACUGCCGCCAAAGGUCCCGGGGGGGCCGGGUGUCCCUCCCAGUGCGGCUGCCACCGGCUCGGCUCGGAGACCGAACAGUGUGACAGUGAGGGCCAGUGCGUGUGCCGCCCCGGGGUGGGCGGGCAGAAGUGUGACCGCUGCGAGCCGGGCUAUUGGGGACUGCCGCGGAUUGGCACGGGACACGCUGGGUGUAUACCUUGUGGCUGUUCGGCAUUCGGAUCGGUGCGGGAAGACUGUGAGCAAAUGACGGGACGGUGUGUCUGCAAGCCUGGUAUACAGGGGCAGAAAUGCACCGUUUGCUCCAAUCACGAACAUACACUUGGACCUAAUGGAUGUUUUGAUCCGGAGUCGACUCAACUCCCGGCAACAAAUUGCGACCACAUGACCUGCUAUUUCGGGGCAUAUUGUGUGGUGCGAAGCGGCCUCGCAACUUGCGAGUGUGCGACCAUAGAGUGCUCUGGCAAAGAUCAGAAUGCUGUUUGCGGCAGUGACGGUCGAACCUACCUGUCCACUUGCCACCUGCGAACUCACGCGUGUAGAACACAAUCCGAUACAGUGGUGCAAGCUUUCGGACCUUGCGGUGACUCACCCACCGUUCGGCGAGAGAAUAUGCGUACGAUACACAGUGUGGUGAUAAAAAACGAAAUGAGCAGCGGUUGUAGUAAAAAAACGCAAGAUAGGACGGUUCUCGAAUAUGACGAAUACGAGGAGGAACAAUUCGGCGCGAACGACGUUGAUUACGAGUAUCCCAUAAUAUACGACGAGUAUUUCUACGAACACGAGAACGGGUUGUAUUCAGCUCCAUUGUUCGAUGGGCGGGCCACAAUGACAGCCCGCAUGUUAUUACCGGCUAAACGAUUCGAUAUUUGGGCAGAAGUCUCCGCCGUCUGCGGCCGAGGCACGCUAAUGAGUGCUUCGGGAGUGAGGGAUUAUUUAUGGUUGGGAAUUAUCGACGGCAAGGUCGAGAUGCGCGUGGACGCCGGCAGCGGCCCGUUGCAGCUGCGUUCUGGGAAAGUGAAUAUCGAUAACAAAUCUAAAUUAUGGGCAAGGAGGUAUAAGAAGGAUGUAGUGUUGAAUGUUGGGAGUGUUACUGCGAGAGGGACUACGCAAGGCAGAAUGACGUCAGUGGAUGUGGAACCGUUUAUACAUAUUGGACAUCCGCCGCUUAAUGACUCUGUGCUAUCAAGCUUUGGGAUGUCCGGGUUUGUGGGCUGCGUCCACCGCUUGCGUGUAAACGGGCGUGAAGUCAUCCCGCCGUCGCGCGGCCUGGCCGUCGCGUCGCACGGCUUGCGAGCGUGCACGCCGCAAAAUUUAGCGGACUUGGUCUGCCCUUGAUAAUGAUAUUUGUUGAACAGUCGAACGUUUUGUGGAUAUAUUUUGUGUUUUUCGAGAGUGAGAAAUUUAGCACGUUCGAGCGGAUUUGAAACGAAGCUUUUUCGAUUAAUCUUAUUUGGAAAUGAUCGGAUAUCAAUAAUAUGAUUAAAAGUUUGUCUCGUUAACUUAUUGUUAAGUGGUUAAGUUCCAAGUUAAUUACGUCAACUAAGUGUUA